UUGAAACUCUGUGCCUGUGGACACCAAGCCACAAUACCUCUAUUGGCACUCUGCUUUUCAAGGACACUAUUCUUUGAAGCUCUUAAUGACCAAAGGAGGAUAUAUAUUCCAGAUUUUUUUUCACCCAAGUGCUGAUGAGAGGUAUGUGUGGCAGAGCGGUUGCUCUGUCUCUGGUCCUGCAGCAGCUGGUACUCACUGUCACUGCUCAGGGUAUUGUGUAUGACCUGCUGGUGUCUCCGGACUGCCUGCCAGAUCUGCUUCAAGGAAGUCUGAAGAACAAAGGGCGAGAUGAAGCCUUCCUGCUCUCCUCUUUCAGGCUUUUUAAUAAAGCCCCCACCUCUCUCUUCAGUGUUUACAACCCUAAAGACAACAACAAAUACCUGGAUUUAAGUGUGCAAGCUAAGCUCAAUAAAGUGACUCUUCGUUACCAGAAGACUGAUGGGAGAUUUGGCACCACCAGUUUCAACCACCCAACCCUGGCAGACGGGCAGGUCCAUCACGUGAUGCUGCACGCCAGAGGUCUACAGCGCGGCCCUCCUCGCCUCGACAUGUAUGUCGACUGCAGGCUGGUUCACACUUUAAAUGAUCUGCCAGCUGCGUUUGGGUCACUCCCUCCGGGUCCCAACAAGGUGGCGCUGAGGACUCUGCAGUCAGGUGGACAGGAUAAUCUAACAGACUUAAAGCUGGUUAUAGACGACUCCAGAGAAAAUGUGGCCACUCUGCAGGAAUGCAUUAUGGAACCAGAGUCUCUGCAUUUGCUGGGCAUACAGGGAGGAAGAGUAGUGCAAGAUCAGGUGACCAUGCUGGAGCUGAAGGCCAUGGUGUCUGAAAUGAGAGAGCUGCUCCACAACCAGAUUAAAGAGACAAACUUUCUGAGAAAUACCAUUGCAGAGUGUCUGGCCUGUGGACUUGGAGGCAGUCCUACAAACAUGGAUGCCAACAAAGGCGCAGUUCCAAGUCCUUUGCGGUUUGUCAUGCAGCCUCAGCCCCUGACUCAGUGCCCGCCUGGGACUUGCUUCAGACAGAACAUGUGCAUCCCAACAGUAUCAGGGGGGUUCCAGUGUGCACCUUGUCCUGAUGGAUUCACUGGAGAUGGAGUUAACUGUGAUGACGUUGACGAGUGCCAGUUUAAUCCAUGUUUUCCUGGCGUCCGGUGUGUGAACACGGCUCCUGGUUUCCGCUGUGAAAAAUGCCCUCUUGGAUACGUAGGAGCUGAAAUAGAUGGAGUUGGAGUGUCUUAUGCUAAGUCACACAAACAGGUGUGUGAGGAUGUCGAUGAGUGCCUUGGUCCACCUCUGAAUGGAGGCUGCACGGCCAACUCCCACUGCUACAACACUGUAGGCUCCUUCCGCUGUGGAGACUGUAAGACUGGCUUCACAGGUGACCAGAUAAGAGGCUGCCAUGGUUCCAGGCUUUGCCCGAAUGGCCAGCCCAGUCCUUGUGAUAUCCAUGGGGAGUGCAUUGUGGAAAGAGAUGGCAGCAUUAGCUGUGUGUGUGGAGUUGGUUGGGCUGGCAAUGGCUAUGUGUGUGGCCAGGACACAGAUAUUGAUGCUUAUCCUGACAACAAGCUCCUGUGCACCGACAACAGUUGUAAGAAGGACAACUGUCUGUACAUCCCCAACUCUGGGCAGGAGGACGCAGAUAGGGACGGGAUGGGUGAUGCCUGUGAUCAUGAUGCAGACAGUGAUGGCAUUAUCAAUGAAGAUGAUAACUGCUGGCUGGUUCCUAACGUGGACCAGAAGAACACGGAUAAAGAUGUCCAUGGCGAUGCCUGCGACAACUGCAAACAUGUGGAAAAUCCAUCACAGAAAGAUACUGACAAAGAUGGUCUUGGAGAUGAAUGUGAUGAUGACAUAGAUGGGGAUGGCUUAAAAAACAUUCUUGACAACUGCCAAAAAGUUCCCAACCCAGACCAGAGGGACAAAGACAACGACGGUGUUGGGGAUGCCUGUGACAGUUGCCCUGAUGUGGCCAACCCCAACCAGUCGGACUCAGAUGAUGAUCUUAUAGGAGACACAUGCGAUGACAACAUAGACAGCGAUGGCGAUGGCCACCAAAACACAAAAGACAACUGUCCCGACGUCAUCAACUCCUCUCAGCUGGACACUGACAAGGAUGGAAUGGGAGAUGAAUGUGACGAUGAUGACGAUAACGAUGGCAUCCCAGACACUGAGGACAACUGCAGACUGGUUGCAAACCGUGACCAAAAAGACUCAGACAUGGACAAAGUUGGAGAUGCCUGCCAAGGAGACUUUGACAAAGACAACGUGAUUGACAGGAUUGACCACUGCCCUGAAAAUGCCGAGGUCACACUGACUGACUUCAGAGCAUAUCAGACCGUGGUGCUCGACCCGGAAGGGGAGUCACAAAUCGACCCUAAUUGGGUGGUACUUAACCAGGGCAUGGAGAUUGUCCAGACCAUGAACUCUGACCCGGGCCUGGCUGUAGGUUACACAGCAUUCAGCGGUGUUGACUUUGAAGGAACAUUCCAUGUAAACACAGUUACGGAUGAUGACUAUGCUGGCUUCAUUUUCGGCUACCAAGACUCCUCCUCCUUCUACGUUGUAAUGUGGAAACAGACAGAACAGACUUACUGGCAGGCUUCACCCUUCAGGGCUGUCGCUGAGCCAGGAAUACAGCUCAAGGUGGUGAAGUCUAGAACAGGUCCUGGGGAGUAUAUGAGGAACUCGCUCUGGCACACAGGAAACACAACAGACCAAGUGCAACUUCUAUGGAAAGACCCCAGGAAUGUUGGAUGGAAGGACAAAGUUUCCUACCGCUGGUUCCUUCAGCACAGACCCCAGGUUGGAUACAUAAGGGCUCGGUUUUAUGAGGGCUCCGAGCUGGUGGCGGACACGGGGGUGAUCAUUGACACCAGCAUGAGAGGUGGGCGGCUGGGUGUGUUCUGCUUCUCUCAGGAAAAUAUCAUCUGGUCCAACUUAAAGUACCGCUGCAACGAUAAUAUUCCAGAGGAUUACCAGGAUCCAUCCAGAGCACAGGCCUAAGGUUUUUGCGGCAAAGAGAUGAAGACGGAAGAGUAAAGAGAAAGAUGGCAAUUGGUUUUGGUAAUGGAGUUUUAAGAAACCAGUAAAAGUAUCAAUAAGUGAAGCAGCUAUUUCUGAAUGCAUUUAUAUAAUCAAAUGUAUACACAAUGGAAAAAAAUCUCUGUUGUUUUAUUUUCAUUUUUACUACUACUAGUGACUAGUGGCAAAGACAAAAACAAAGACAAAAAUUGGCAUUCCACAUAUGCUUUAUUGAAAGGAUGAGAAAAAAACAUUAAAGGAAUGACACAUUGUUUUUUUUAUUUAAAUAAAAUUACGAUGCGUUUCUCUGUGUCA